AUGUUCAAGUACACUGCAAUUAUACUGUCAUUGGUUAUUGUCCAGACUGCUGUUGUUCUCUCGUCCAAGGGUGUAGACAUCUCUGCUGGUUCCACAGUCGAUGAGUUCAAGUGUCUAAAGUCUGAUGGUCACAGUUGGGUUGUUGUUAGAGGAUAUGAGUCUCUUGGUCGUGUCGACACCAAUGGUCCACAUUCAAUCUUGAAUGCCAGAGCUGCUGGUAUUACCAACGUGGACGCUUACAUCUUCCCAUGCACCAGCUGUGGAAAUGGUGCCGGUCAGGUCGAGGAGAUGGUCAAGUACCUAAAGUCAUACAAGGCCACUAUUGGAAUGGUCUGGUUCGACAUUGAGGGACCCGGCACGUACUGGAGCAGCAGCCACACUGACAACCGCAACUUUUUCAACUCAAUGCUGGCAGGCGCCAAGACCGCAGGCGUCAAGGUUGGUGUCUACACCUCUGCCUCACAAUGGGAGCCAAUCAUGGGUAGCUGGGAUGGUGGCAAGGCUCUUCCACUCUGGUACGCUCACUAUGACAACAGCCCAUCCUUCUCGGACUUUAGCUCCUUCGGAGGUUGGACCAAGCCACACGCCAAGCAAUAUGUUGGUUCCACCACUGUCUGUGGAUUGGGAGUUGACCUCGACUAUUACUAA